GGGCGCGCUCUCACUCACACAAACACAACAUGACAGAACUGCCACAGCCAGAGACCAUCCAGCGCCAGCCAGCCAGCCAAAAUCCAAAAUAAAAGUGUCUUCAAAUGAAAUGAACGCCAAUAGUGAGCUGCCUGCAUUAAAUCGCUUUAUUAUUGACCACUUGAGUUGUUUUGUUUCGCAAAUUCCGACUCCACCGGUGAAAGCAACAUCAGCAGCAAGACCAGCAACAACAACAACAACCAAGGGCAAAACUACCAACUCGUCGUCGAUCGAGGUGAUCAGCUUCAGCGGCAAGAGACGGCGGAAGUCGACGACGCGGGUGGUGGCCGGAGGAGCGCGGUGGUGGUGGCGGCGUGACGACCAGCGGAAGGUGGUGGUUCACCAAAGCAGAGCGCAAAAUCAGCAAGAAGAGACCAAGAAGAAGGUGGUCCCCGGGGGAAGCAGCUGGGGGAGGAGCAGGAGAUGUUUGCGGAGAAGCUGCUCGCAAGCGUCGCCAAAACGGAUAUGAUGGCGGCGGCGGCCAACAGCCGAAGUGACACGGAGGACCUGCUGUUCGAGCAGUUGGUACCGGUCGGGAUGCUCAACGGCACCAUGAGCAUCCAGAAGCCCCAGACGGUAAUCACCGAUCUGGGCAAAUCGCUGCUCCAGGCAGCCAAAACCGGCAACACUGAAAAGGUCCACGAGCUGAUGAGCCGGGGCGCUCCGUUCACGGCCGACUGGUUGGGAACCUCCCCGCUGCAUCUAGCGGCGCGCUACAAUCACGUGGAAACGUGCAAAGUGCUGCUUCGGGCCGGCAUCAGCAAGGACAGUAAAACCAAGGUCGACCGGACGCCGCUCCACUUUGCCUCCUUCCAGGGCAACGUGGACAUUGUGGAGCUGCUGCUGAACGCCAAGUGCGAGGUGGACGCCAAGGAUAUGCUGAAAAUGACCGCCCUGCACUGGGCCGUGGAAAAGCGCCACGACAAGAUCGUGGAGCGGUUAUUGCAGCACGGGGCCGAUCCGAACGCGGUGUCCAAGUUUGGCAAAUCGCCCAUCAGUAUUGCGACCGAAGCGGGCCAAGUUGAUCUGGUGCGGAUUCUGCUGCUGGCGAACCAGAUGCGGGCCGCGAGUCAGGAACAGGUCCAGGAAGCCACGGACAGUCUCAUGUACGAGCUGCAGCAGCACAAGGAGCGCGACAGCAGUGCGACCAACCUGGUGGACGACGCCGACGACGCCAUCACGAUGGACCUGAGCAACGACGGAAGUAUCUCUAACAUCUCCAACCGCAACUCGAUGUCGGCAAGCGCGGCAGCGGGUGUCACCACCACCAUCGACGUGGACGAGCACGACGGCAACUCCAACGACACGGACAAUCUCAUCGAGAAGGAGGACAGUCUGAGCGAUGCCAUCAUCAACCUGGAACAGAACACCGAACAGGACCCCAACAAUCUGGACUCGAACACGCUCCAGAUGCUCAAAGAGCACGGCAUCGCGAUGAUUCCGUCCGACGACUCCGGCAGCAGCCUAAUCACGUCCGCCAUCCAGAGUGGGCGCAAAAUAGUGCUCUCCGAGGCCGGCAAGUUCGCACUCAACGAAACGCGGAUGCAAUCCACGCCACCAACAACGAAGAAAACAAUCAAAAUUAUCAAAAAGACUUCGCCUUACAUGGUGUCGCAGCACCACCAGAAUCAGAACCAGCACCGGCAAUCGAUGAUACAUGGUGGUGGUGGUGGCGGCGGAGGAGGAGGAGGAGCCGGCGGCGGGACAAUCAAAACCAACAAAGUCAUCAAGAUACUGUCCGCGGAGGAGUUUAAGCAGAUUUGCGGCGGAGAGGUUAGCGGGCUGAAGAAGAUUGCCUCGUCCGACUACCGGAAAGCGGUCCAGGGCUCGACGACGACGAUGAGAGUGCCCCACGGCGUUCACCGCGCGCCCGGAACGCUAGGUUCACCCUCAGGCGUUCCCAACAAGCAAUUCAAGAAGAUCGUCACUACCAAGUACCGGUUGCCGGGUUCCUCAGUCGGUGGCUCUUCCAGCAGCAGUUUUACCACCGCCGGUAACAACCGUCACGUAAUCACCUCGGCCGAUGGCGUCAAACGGUUGCGGACCGCCACCGGGAUGGAGAUCAUCUCCAAACUGCCCACCAAGCUUCCCCAGGACACGGUCGUAUCGGUGGAGGGUGCCAAGCAGCAGCAGCAGUCGACGUCCUCGCUGUCCAGUGGGAUCGUGCCGAUUUCGACGGUGAGUUCCUCGGGCCAGCAGCGGCUGGUAAGUAGCAAUUCGAAUUUAUCUUCCAAUUCCGCGCUGGGGAGUUCCGCGUCGUCGUCGAUGACGUUGGGCGAGCUGGAACGGCACUUCCUCGAGCUGAAAAAGCAAACCGAUGAUCUGCGCAAACAGUUUGAGCUGUCGCAGAAGCAGAACGAAGAGUACCGAGCGCGGGUGGACAAGCUCGAGAAGGAGGUGCAAACGCUGAAGCAGAGUAGUAGUAAUAAUCCUAACAAUUUUAUAGAGAUAGUUUAGAAACGGUUGAGAUGUUGGCAGGGCUAGAGGGGAGAGGGCGAUAGUGUGAGGUAAAAGUGGCGCGAAGGAUUCAGUUUAGAGAUUAUUUAUUACGGUAAAAUGUUUUCCGACGUUGGGAGGGGAAUGCGAACAGUACAACGCGUUGGUUGUAUUUCGGUUAUAUAUUUUUAUAGGAAAACACUGUGCUGCAAUUAUUACGGUACGCAAAGUUGAAGACAGCUCUCGACAGGAAACAAACAAGAAUAUUAAAAACAACACACUAAUAACUGCUAUUAUUACGCAAACAAGUACGCGCUCAUCUCCUAACUUCCGUUUUGGGCGGAAAUCGGGACCGAAAAUCCCGAAUGUUCGCGCGCAUAAUGUCCCAAUUCCAC